AAGAAAAAAAAAACUCGUAAAGUUGAUGAUCGGUACACGGAAAGGAAGUCCUUUUUCAGUUGCUCUUUCUUCGCUCCGACUUCGUUUCCUAUUCAUUCUUCUUCAUUACUAUAUCUUCUUCAAUCAUCCUAAUUCAUUCAUUCAUUCUUCUUCUUAAUCUUCACGGUUCCAUUUCACAUCCUUUCUUCAAAGGAUUUUUGUUAGGAAAAAAGAGUUUCGGUGCGUAAUUGUCCCGCCAGCUUAACCUUUGUUGUUUGUUCCCACCGCGUUGAGAUCUGGUUUCUUUCGAUUCCUUCUACGAUGCUAAGCAAGAGCUUCAAGCCUGCGAAAUGUAAGACAUCGCUGAAGUUAGCGGUUUCGCGGAUUAAGCUUUUGAGGAAUAAGAAAGAUGUUCAUAUUAAGCAGCUUAAGGGAGAUUUGGCUAAGUUGCUUGAGGCUGGACAAGACCAGACUGCUAGAAUUCGGGUUGAACACUUUGUUAGAGAAGAGAAAUCGAAGGAAGCUUAUGAACUCAUUGAAAUAUUUUGUGAGCUAAUUGUGGCGCGCAUGCCAAUGAUUGAGUCCCAAAAAAAUUGUCCCAUAGAUUUGAAGGAAGCAGUCUCGAGUGUUAUAUUUGCAUCACCCAGAUGUGCAGAUAUUCCAGAGCUCUUGGAUGUUCGUAAACACUUUAAAUCAAAGUAUGGAAAAGAAUUUGUCUCGGCCGCAGUGGAGCUGCGCCCAGAAUGUGGAGUGAAUCGCAUGUUAGUCGAAAAACUAUCUGCUAAAGCACCGGAUGGGCAGACCAAACUUAAAAUCUUGACUGCAAUUGCUGAGGAGUAUAACAUCAAAUGGGACCCAAAAUCCUUUGGUGACAGCAUCAACCCUCCGGCUGAUUUGUUGAGUGGACCAAAUACUUUUGGGAAGGCUAGUCAAAUACAGAUGGAGUCUAUUAGUGGCCCAUCUUCAUUUGAUCACAAAGAAUCUUCUAGAAAACAUGUUCCAUUCAAACCUGAUGAAAGGCCUCAUGUACCCGAGAGAUCCCCUGAACACAGUUUGAGAUCAGAACAUCAGUCCAAACAAUCCAACUUUGCUCACGUUAAUGCCAAUCAAAGCAACAUCACUGGCCGUCAUAAUUCAGAAACAUCUUUUGAGGGGAUGCAUAGGCACUCAAAUUCUGGUGAACAAAAUAAUUACUCUUCAGGUAGGCAGCAGUGGAGUAUGGAUUUUAAGGAUGCUACCUCUGCUGCAAAGGCAGCGGCUGAAUCUGCAGAACUAGCAAGUCUAGCUGCCCGAGCUGCUGCAGAACUUUCCAGUCGUGGAAACAUCUCCCAACCAUCCUCUUCUGAGUUUCAGAAAUCUUCGUCUUAUAAUUUAAGGGCAGAAGGACCUCAAGGAUACCCUAGUGUCCAUUUACGUGAUCAACAGCUUCCUAAAGACCAAGUUGUCAGUGCACCUCGUAAAAGUUCUACGCCGGAUGAUAAUUGGAGAGACAAUGAGACAAGAACAUACAUGGGGGAUAAUUCCAAGAAUUAUAGUUAUCCAUCUUCAAGCGUUAGUAACAAUGAUGUCAACAUAUCUGUGACCAAUCUCAGUGCAGCAGAAAGAUCCUCUUUCAAGAAAUCAUCCGAACCUAGGUUUAGCGGUUCCCUUGGUAGUAGUGCAACUUUGGAGAAACAAACCAGAAAACAUGAUGCCAGCACGUCUGUAACCAGUUUCAAUGCUGCAGAUAGAUACUCUUUCAAGAAUUCAUUCGAACCUGGGGUCAGUGGCUCUCUUGAUAGUGGGGAUGAACAACCCAGAAAUUUUAGUUCCAACAUAUCUUCCACUAAUUUCAACGAAUCAGACACAUACUCGCUCAACAAGCCGUCUGAAUCUGGGUUUAGUGACUCUUUAGGUAGAACCAGUAUGGAGAAACAACCCGAAAUGUUGAUGUAGAAUAUGUUAGCGAUCAGCCAUUUAGUACGGGUUU